AAAAUAUAAUGGUAAUAGUUAGAAUUAGAACGCGAAAGUUGCAGAAAAAUUGGAGGAAGAAGAAGAAGGUGAGCUAGAGCUAGAGCUUGAAAUCAAUGGCAGUUGCUUCCAAUUUCACCUCCCCUCAUCUCACUUCUCCGCGCACUCUUUCUUUCUUCUUCAAGGCGUCCGUUUAUUCCCUUCCCUUUCACAACUCCUGCACUUUCAAAUCCACUUCCAUUUCAACGUAUAAUGCCGUCAAUGGCUCCAGCAGGAGCAAGCUCGUUUCGAUCAAAGCCGUCUCAUCCUCUUCUUCUUUUGGCUCUAGACUCGAGGAGAGUGUCAAAGCUACUAUCUCCCAAAACCCAGUUGUGGUAUACUCCAAGACAUGGUGUUCGUAUUCUUCCGACGUUAAGGCGUUGUUCAAGAGGCUUGGGGUGCAGCCACUGGUCAUUGAAUUGGAUGAAUUAGGUCUCCAAGGGCCACAAUUGCAAAAGGUUCUCGAGAGGCUUACUGGACAGCAUACCGUACCAAAUGUUUUCAUCGACGUUCUACAUCAACAUAUCUGUUCAUGACGGCGGGAGGAGCUAUUUCAUGGAGGAAUGCCAAACAAGUUCUUGUAGCUUUGACCAUGGUGGCAGAUGGCAGAGUUCAUUGCUACGCUAUGAGGCAGUCAAAUUAUGCUUUAUGGCUUAGAAAGUUUGUCACAGGACUAAGGAUUAUUGAUGACAUUAAAGGCCACUCAAAAGUUUUCGUGAUAAUAAGUCAGCAAUCUCGUAUUCUAAUACAGCGAAAUCUAAGUUUAUUGACAUAAAUUUUCUUGUUUUUAGAAGAGAGUAUAUGAUAAGUUAAUUACCAUAGAACAUAUAGGAACCAAUGAAACGCUAGCAGAUAUACUUACCAAAGGUUUAACACCUAAAGUCUUUCUAGAGCAUACUGCUUGUGUUGUUGCAGUUAAUAGUACCUAUGGUUAAGUGGGAGUGACUUUCCUACAGUGUUUUAUUCUUUUAUACAUAUAUAUUGUGAUUUAUAUUUUAUGCAGAUUAGAAAUGUUAUAUAGUUUGUUUAUGAGCAUUGGUUAUAUAAAUGUAGAUAUAUGGUGUUCUAUCCCAUUGUUUAUAUGAUCUCAUUAAAGGGUGGCCAGUUGGAAAUUGGAAUGUAAGGUCACCUAACGUGCAAUCUCCACAUCAAUAGUGGAAAUUAGCUACGACAAUCUCCAUKCCAAGAGACGAUCCUUGAUCCAACAAUAAAAAUAGUGAAAGCCAUCCUAAUCCUUUACUAUUACAAAAAAUAGAUGAGAUUGUUCUACGGUAAAGUUGUUAGUAAAUAGCCUAAAGUUAUGUACUAGGAAUUGAUAAAAUAAUUAAUAUGUAGUCCUAGAGGGAAACUAUUAGAAUCUUUGUAUAUUAUAAUAAUGAAAUGUGGACCACCUAUUAAUAUAAUUAUAUUAUUGGACUAUUUAAAGAAUCGUCUAAAGUGAUCUAUAAUUUAAUGGACUCAUGGACUUUCAUUGGAUAUGGACUUUUAUUUAGGUGGAUACCCUAGAACUCUUAGUGGGCUUAAUGGGUUGUAGGAAGGGUUCAUAAAUAGGAUACAAUGUUUAUGGUCUCCAACAAACUAAACAUAUUUCAGUUCUCCUACUUCCCAUUUGACUGAGAGAGUUUYGAGUCCUAGUGUGUUUUGUUGAGGAAGAUGUCUCCCCUAUACUAAGUUACUGCUGAAUUUGACUGUAUUAUAACGAAAUUGGAUCUAAGUUUGAUCGUUCUUCAUAUAUUCUUAAUUCUAAGAAUUCGAUAGGUAUGAUUUGGAAUUUUGGAGGUUAUAGCUUUUGUUAGAAAUCCAUUGCUUUUUUUCCUUUCUAGAAACUAUUUACCUAAGGACACAUGUCAUGCCUUCACUAACUAAAUCCUGAUGGCUGGUAGCUUACCAUGUGUUAAAGUCCAUGCUUUGCCAUGCCUUUGGUGGCCUCUUGAGCCCAUCUUCUUUUCCAUACCUAGCUGCUGUAGUUAAAGAAAUAAAUAGUUACAAUAAAUGUUUACAUGUAGAUACCCAAGAAGAAACAUGGAAUAGAAUUCCCAGGCUCAAAAUGCUUACAUAGAAACACCCAAGAUGUCCAUAGGCAGGCUUCCAGAUUUAUAAAAAGCACAUCAACAUGAGUCGAAAGCUGAAAGAAGUAUCUUUCUUGUUCAAAUAUGUAUUAGUUUUAUUUUUUUCUCAUUGUGUCUACUCUUCAUUCUUAUGACUGGUAGUGCCUGAUCAUGUUGUGUAUCAGACAUAAUCCUGCCUUCCAAAAUAGCGUGUGACAUCAAAACAUGAUAUUAUUAUAUAUUUUACCAACUGUGAAAUUGGUGUUUGAAAAUUCUGCCCCUUU